AUGUCACUGUCGAACCUUAAAGACGACGGCAGGUCUUUGCGCCACGACUCUAGCAGAUGCUCCAACAUGAGAGUGGAUGACUCGUCGAUGUUGGUCUUCUUGAUCUCGUUGUUGCUUCUUUUGAAGAUGGCAUCAACACAGGUACCCAACACUUUGGCAAACCGCAUGACACUCAACGCCUGGUCGCUGACUUUACCCACAAGAGACAGUUGCGUGUUGUUGAAGGUGAUGAGGUUGAUAUCUGUUCCGUCAGAUGACGAGGAGGACGGCAAAGCACAUUCCACUUCGUAA